ACGCAACAUAUGGUUGUUUGACUAGAAAUGAAAGGAAUAACUUCACUUGGGUCAAAAUGGUUUGUAGAGUUUGAAAAGAAUAAUGUUCAUAAUGUAUAUGAUAGAAUAGCAGAACACUUCACGAAAACGAGAUAUAGAAUAUGGCCUGGUGUAGAGUUGUUUCUGAAACAGACAAGUCCUCUCGAUACUGUUUUGGAUGUUGGUUGUGGAAACGGAAAGAAUCUUAUCUCAUAUAGGAAUCUUUUCUGUAUUGGAAUCGAUAGGUGCGUUCCUCUUGUGAAAACUUGUAAACAACGUCAGUUGGAAACGGCUGUAGCGGAUAUUCUCGAAUUGCCUUUUCAAUCGGAAAAGUUUGAUAUCGUUUUGUGUAUAGCAGUUUUACAUCACUUGUGUACUCGAGAAAGACGAAUAUUAGCCAUACAAGAACUGGGAAGGGUCUUAAGACCAGGUGGAAGUUGUCUCUUAUAUGUUUGGGCAGCUAACGAAAAUGAUGGAAAAGAUGAGGUAAAGAAUACAAAAGCUAGAGAAAAGAUGAGAUUUUUAGAUGAAAACAAACAAGAAGCUCUGAUUCCUUGGGUUGUCAUCGACCACGAAAAGAAAGCAACUCAACUGGAGAAGAAUCUGAAACAACCUUCCACUUUUACUCUGGAAAGAUAUUAUCAUUUAUAUCGUCAAGGAGAGUUGGAAGAAGAAUGUCUGCAAAGUAAUUGUUUUCAUAUUCAACAUUCUUAUUAUGAACAGAGCAACUGGUGUGUGGUAUUAGAUAAGAAAUCUUAAACUUUUAGACUAUCAUUUAGUCAAUUUUCUUUUCUUUCUUCUAUAAAGUGACUUUUGCUUGG